GCAAAAAAGCCAAGCAUGGGACGACAAAAAAUCAAGAUCGCUAAAAUAGAAAUAAAGAAUCAUUUGCAAGUGACUUUCUCAAAACGUCGAUCCGGCCUCUUCAAAAAAGCAAGCGAACUUUCCACACUAUGUGGAGUCGACAUUGCGAUCAUAGUCUUUUCUCCAGCUGGAAAAGCAUUCUCCUUUGGUCAUCCUGAUGUCGAAUCCAUCGUCAACCGAUACCUCACGAUAAAAUCAAGUAUCGAUCAUCGUCAUCUUACACAAGGAUGUAACGCGGUUCUUGAUCUUAACCGUGGACUCGGACACAUAUCUAACGAGAUGGAUGGGGAAAAGAAGAGAGGAGAGGCUCUAGACCAAGUAAAAAAGUCUCGAGAGAGGAAUAACUAUUGGUGGAAUGCUCCAAUUGAGGAGUUGAAUUUGUUUGAACUUGAGAAAUUAAAGGAGUCUAUGGAAAAUUUGAAGAAGAAUGUGAUGGAGGAUCAUACCAACAAGAUUCUCACACUCACACAUGCCGCGGCUGCUGGAUCAGCAGCAUUUCUUCCACCAGCCAAUGAAGAAUUAGGGUUUCAUGAGAUCCAACAACCGUCUUUAAAUAUGUGCAACAAUUAUAUAGUUAACCAUGUUUAUGGAAAUAAUGGAGGAGGGGAUCAAGCAGCGGUUUUUGCUAAGGUCGGGCCGGCCGGUUCACAUGUCUUCUUUGCUCAACGUUAA